AUGUCAUCGAUAUCAUCUCAGCGUCUACGUUACAGUCCAAAAUAUACAGAGAUAUGUGUUGGAAAUAUCAGUAAUCAUACUGAACCUUAUGCUUUAUUAAAACAUUUUGAACAAUUUGGUACAAUUAUGCAUUACAAUUUUACAUCACCAACAGGUGGUUAUGUUUUUAUAACAUAUGAAGAUUCAUCGAUGGUGGAUAAAUGUAUGAGUUCUAGACCACAUCAUCUUGAUGAUCGACAUUUAUAUGUUAAACGUGCUUUACCUGUUGAUGAUGAACAUCCACGUGAACGUUUUGAUACUACACGUGAUCUUAUGAUUGUUAUUGAUUUUAAAAACGAUAAUUAUAAUAAUGAACAAUUUUUAACUAAACUUCGUGAAUAUUUUUCUACAUAUGAACGUGUAUAUGCUUGCAAAUUUUGUCAUGAAACAAAUUUUGAUUAUAUACUUGUAGAAUUUGGAGAUAAAGAUGCUGUUGAUCGAAUUAUUCUUGAUAAACCACAUUUUUAUAAUGAUCAACGACUUGAUGUAAUGAAAUUUUUGCCAUCAAAUAUUGAAAUAAUGAAUAGUAAAUAUGCAUCAAAGAAACCGUCCAAAUCUGUUAUUAAAGAUGCCAUUGAUGAUGAUGAUCAUGAUUUUUCAGCAUCACGAAAGAGUUCUGGUAAACAGAAUCCGACUGCAAAAGAACCUAUUAGUGAAACUGAUCUUCAAAAUGAAGUAUAUCGUCUUCAAAAUGCUUUGAAAAAAAUGAAUGAAGAAUACGCUGCUAAACGAAGACAACUUGAAGAAGACUGUUGUGAACGAUUGAAACAAUUGAAUGAAAAUGCUGAUAAAACUCAAAGUUUACAACAAGAUUUAGAACAAGAACAUGCUAAAUUAUUAAUUGAAUACGAAUCAAUGAAACAUGAAAAUGACACACUUAAUGAACAAUAUUUAACAGCUGAAUUAGAAAAUUUUGAAAUUACAUCCUAUUAUGAACAGAUUUUAGCUGAAGAAAAAGCUAAAACAGCACAACUUCAAGCUGAAUAUGAACAGAAAUCAGCAACAUUAAAUACAAAUAAUUCUUCUCGAUCAACACCAUCUCCUCAACUUAAUAAUACUUCAUCUUCGGCAACACAAUCUCCGUCACAAUCGACUGUACCUAACGAUAAUUGA